CAGUUUAUGUCUCAAGCAGAUAUGGUACCAAAGAACUCUAAAAUGGCAAUUCUGAAAGAUGGAACUAUUUAUUAUCCCGUUCCAAAUUAUAGAAUGUAUUAUGGAGAUAAACCGGCAUCACAUCUACUCGAGAUUAAUAUAAAGGGACGUCAAAUACAACUACAACAAGAAUUAGAAGAAUAUCAAGCAGAAGUUGCCAACUAUGAAUCAAAUCUGACGGAUAUAAAAAACCAAUGUAGUAUCGGUCAAAAAGAAGUUGCAAGGCUGAACAGCCAAAUAAAAGAAUAUGAUAAUGAAACAUACCAAAUACAAAAUAAGUUGCGAGAACUAAAAAAUGAAGAAGAACCCUCUGAAGGGAGCGUUUCGCUAUUAAAAGAAGAAUUUGACAUUUUAAGUAAGAAGGAAAAUGAUUUGAAGAAUUCUCUUCAUGAAAUUGAAGAUGACAUGAAAAGAGCAAAGUGUUGUAUUCAAGAACUUAAUGAAAAUAUAAAUCAGGCAAAAUCGCAAGUUCUGAAAUCUGAAGAAGCUUGCUUAUCCAUGCAGGAUAAAAUCGAUCAAUUAGAGCAGAGUAAAAGAACAAGCUCAAAGAAGGGCACUUUAGAGACAAAAAUUAAUACUGUCAAACAACAAUGUGAGGAAAUUAAAAAACAAGUCAAUUGCUUAGAAGAAAAAUUAAGUGAGCUAAUGAACGGGGUCGACGAAGCUACUAGGCCAUCUACUGUAAGAACAAUAGCAUACUUAAAUGAACAAUUGCAACAAAUUAAAUCAAGUAUUCGAUCUGUGAAUGCAUGUGCUCUUGAUCCAGCUAAAUUACAGAAAGAAUAUGAUGAAAAACUAAGCGAAUAUGAAAAAGAAAAAUUAAAUAAUGAAUCUCACCAAGAUGCCCUUAACGAGUUAACUGCAAUUGUAAACAUGAGGCAUAAAGUAUUUCUAAAAUUACGGGCGCAUAUGACGUCACAAGUUCAGCAGUAUUUUGCAUUUAUGCUACGAUUGCGUAAAUACCAGGGAAUCAUAAAUAUAAAUCAUGAGGAACAAACUUUAGAAAUUGAAAUCGACCCACAAUCAAAAAAUUCAAAAACCAAUGAAAAUCAAAACUCUAAAAAUAAAAAAACUUUGCGGGAUCUUCGUUCUUUAUCUGGUGGUGAAAGAUCUUACAGCACUGUGUCAUUUCUUGUAGCAUUGUGGAACUGUAUGAAUUUACCAUUUUAUUUUCUGGACGAAUUUGAUGUUUUUAUGGAUCAUAUCAAUCGAAAGGUAGUUAUGGAUGUAUUGAUUCAAAGCGCAAAUAGCAAUCUACAUAAACAAUAUGUAUUUUUAACACCCCAAGAUACUUCAUCUAUUACAGCCUCAGACACCCUCAAAAUUCACAAAAUGGCUGAUCCAGAACGUUAACGUGAAUCUAAUUUGAACCUAAUGAAAAAUAUACUCAACAUCAAAUAUACACUUUAUUUUUUUAAUCUUCACAACAUCUAUUGCACAGUGUACAAGAACAUUCUUUUGGCAUUAAUAUUAAUAAUGUGCAUUAGUGUAUAUACAUUACAUCAGUCUUGUACCUAUUGUGAUUAUUUUGAUUUUAAAAUUAUGACAAUUAAAUAAAUAAAUAAUCUUACAUAUA